AUGGCUGCAAGACAAGGGAAUGGAAUCCGCAUCGCAAUCGACCGAGGUGGUACCUUCACCGACUGCGUGGGCAACCCCGGCACGGGGAGGAUGGAGGACGAUAUCAUCAUCAAGCUUCUAUCCGAGGAUCCUUCCAACUAUUCCGAUGCACCGCUCGAAGGCAUUCGCCGCCUGCUCUCGAAGUUCGAGGGCCGGGAAAUACCCCGUGGGGAGCCUAUCGAUACAUCCGGUAUCGAGAGCAUCCGAAUGGGCACCACCGUGGCCACGAAUGCCCUUCUGGAGAGAAAAGGUGAGCGCAUGGCCCUUGUCGUGACAAAGGGUUUCAAGGACUGUCUUCGAAUCGGCAAUCAGUCGCGGCCCAAGAUCUUCGACCUCGCCAUCCGUCGACCGGAUGUUCUCUAUGAGAAGGUGGUCGAGAUCGAUGAAAGAGUUACCCUAGAAGACUACGCAGAGGAUCCCACACGAUACGUCACCUCGACCUCUCCGCGGGAUCAGACUCCCGCCGGGGCCAAGAUCGUGCGGGGAUUGUCCUCAGAGGCUGUUAGAAUUCUACAAACGCCCUCGGAAGACGCAGUGAGAAAUCAGCUGCAAGGCCUUUACGACGAGGGCUUUCGAAGCAUUGCUGUAUGUUUGAUGCACGGAUACACAUUCCCAGAUCACGAGGCCCUUGUUGGGAGAGUUGCCAGGGAUAUUGGUUUCAGUCAUAUCAGUUUGAGUCACGAACUGAUGCCAAUGAUCAAAUUAAUUCCUCGAGCCACGUCUGCUUGUGCUGAUGCUUAUUUAACGCCAACGAUUAAGAAAUAUAUCUCAAGUUUCCAGGCGGGCUUCCAGGGUGGCCUGGGUGUCAAGAGUGUCAAGAACUCCUCCGCGAGCGAUGCAGCCCGCUGUGAGUUUAUGCAAUCGGAUGGUGGACUGGUGGACGUUAGCGAAUUCUCCGGGCUACGUGCCAUCCUAUCAGGCCCGGCCGGCGGAGUAGUGGGAUACGCUCUGACAAGCUAUGACCCAAAAACCAAUAUCCCCGUGAUCGGGUUCGACAUGGGCGGCACAAGUACCGACGUCAGCAGGUAUGGGUCUGGGAGAUAUGAACAUGUCUUUGAAACCACCACUGCCGGCGUGACGAUACAGUCCCCCCAGUUGGACAUCAACACCGUAGCUGCCGGAGGAGGCUCACGUCUAUUUUAUCGCAAUAGACUAUUCAUGGUCGGCCCAGAGUCAGCAGGCGCGCAUCCGGGCCCUGCUUGCUACAGGAAAGGAGGGCCUCUAACGGUCACCGAUGCAAAUCUAUUUCUAGGAAGAUUGUUACCAGAUUUUUUUCCUAAAAUAUUUGGCAAGAGUGAAAAUGAAAGCCUUGAUGAAGACGUGAGCUCACGCCUAUUUGAGGAAAUCACUGCUGAAAUCAACGCAGAACUCCCUGGAGAUAGGAAAAUGACCCCCGAUGAGGUUGCUUAUGGCUUCAUUAAAGUUGCGAAUGAGACGAUGGCCCGACCAAUUCGCUCGCUCACAGAGGCGAAGGGCCACGAUGCUUCCAAGCAUCGCCUUGCGACUUUUGGAGGUGCGGGUGGCCAACAUGCCGUUGCCAUUGCAACUAGUCUUGGUAUAAAGCAGGUCCUGGUGCACCGUUAUUCUUCCGUCCUUUCGGCGUACGGCAUGGCUUUGGCCGAUGUGGUGGAUGAGAGUCAAGUUCCAGAGUCAAAAGUAUGGUCCAACGAUGAGACUGUGCGAAAAGAGCUCAAAGAGAAGAUGGACAAACUGAAAAAGAAGGCAGUCGAGAGACUAAAGGAUCAAGGGUUCAAAGACGAGUCGAUCGUGUUUGAAGAAUACCUAAAUAUGCGAUACAGAGGAACGGAGUCCGCCUUGAUGAUCAUCAAUCCAAGCUCACAGGAUGCAAAAGGAAAUGAUGAUUGGGCCUAUGGGAGCGCAUUCGUUCAACAACAUGAACAAGAAUUCGGAUUUACCCUUCCAGAUCGUGAUAUCAUUGUAGACGAUGUCCGUGUUAGAGCUAUUGGUAGAAGUUUUGAUGACCUUGGAAAGAGUGUGGACGAACAGUUGAAGGAGUUCAGUCCGAACGACGUAGAUUCCUCUAAGAGAUACGGCACCAGACAGGUGUAUUUCGAAGGCGGACGACGUGAUACCCCCAUUUUCAAGCUUGAAACCCUGGAAGUGAAUGAUCGCGUUCACGGACCUGCUAUCCUUGCAGAUGGGACACAAACUUUGGUGAUCACCCCCGGAGCCACUGCUUUGAUUCUCAGGACCCAUGUUGUCAUUAACAUUGGUUCCUCCGAGGAAUCGGACUCCAAACCAAGUGUGAAAGGCGUGGAUCCGAUCCUCUUGAGCGUCUUCUCCCACCGAUUUAUGGCAAUUGCAGAGCAGAUGGGUAGAGCGCUGCAAAAAACAAGCGUCAGCACAAAUGUUAAAGAAAGGUUAGACUAUUCUUGUGCUUUGUUUGAUUCUGAUGGAGGGCUUGUUGCGAAUGCGCCGCAUCUGCCUGUGCAUCUUGGAAGUAUGUCCACUUGUGUUCGGACACAAGCGAAUAUCUGGAAGGGAAAAUUGAAGCCCGGCGAUGUGAUUGUCUCCAAUCACCCUGAAUUCGGAGGGACCCAUCUUCCUGAUAUUACAGUAAUCACACCUGCGUUCAAUGGGGAUGAUAUCAUUUUUUAUGUUGCCUCAAGGGCCCAUCACGCGGAUAUUGGAGGUAUCCUUCCAGGCUCAAUGCCGCCACAUUCCCGGGAGUUAUACCAAGAGGGUGCAGCAAUCAAAUCCGAGAAAUUGGUGUCUGAAGGGAAAUUCAACGAAGAGCGCAUCACAGAACUCCUAUAUCAUGAACCAGCACAAUACCCGGGCUGUAGCGGCACAAGGUGCCUUGCAGACAAUCUGAAUGACCUAAAGGCUCAAGUUGCUGCAAAUCAGAGGGGCAUCGGUCUGAUAUCAGCAUUGAUUGAGGAUUAUGGGGAGGAGGUGGUUCAGUUUUAUAUGAGAAGCAUUCAAAAGAAUGCAGAGCUCAGCGUUCGUAACUUGCUGAAAACGGUCAGCAAGAGAUUUGAAGGAGCUGACCUGACGGCCGUCGACUACAUGGACGAUGGAAGUCCCAUUCAACUCAAGAUCUCUAUUGAUGCCGAAAACGGUCGAGCAACUUUUGAUUUUGAGGGCACCGGUCCAGAAGUCUAUGGGAACAUCAAUGCUCCUGAAGCGGUCACCUACUCCGCUAUUAUAUACUGCCUGAGAUGUCUUAUCUCGGAGGAUAUUCCUCUCAACCAAGGCUGCUUGAAACCGAUCGAGGUCAAGAUACCGAAGAAUUCGUUCCUUUCACCUUCCGAAAAGGCCGCAGUUGUUGGAGGCAACGUAUUAACGAGCCAGCGAGUGACGGACGUUAUUCUGAAAUGUUUCCAGGCCUGCGCCGCAUCACAGGGAGACACAAACAACCUGACGUUCGGCUUCGGAGGCAAUCUCAACGGCGGAACAGCCACCAAGGGAUUCGGUUAUUAUGAAACGAUUGCCGGCGGCAGCGGCGCCGGUCCGGACUGGGAAGGCACAUCGGGCGUGCACACCCACAUGACGAACACUCGCAUCACGGAUGCCGAGGUCUUCGAGCGCCGAUACCCCGUCCUGCUCCGGGAAUUUAGCAUAAGACCGGGGUCCGGGGGGGAAGGCCAGCACCGCGGCGGUGAUGGAGUAAUCCGAGACAUCGAGUUCAGAAUCCCGGUUCAGGUGUCCAUCCUUUCGGAGCGUAGGGUUUAUCAUCCUUAUGGCCUCAACGGAGGUGAGGACGCUCAAUGUGGGCAAAAUAUCUGGGUUCGUAAAGUUCCCAGGAAGGACUGUCCUGAAACUUGGGAAGAAAGACAUGUAAAUUUGGGCGCGAAGAACACUGCACAAAUGAAACCAGGCGAAAGAAUCAUUGUCAACACGCCUGGAGGUGGUGGGUGGGGAACGCCUGGAUCUCAAAAAACGAUCCGGAGGGAACAAGAUCCUCGACAUGCAUGGAAGGGAGGAUCAUGGGCAAGCCGUACUGAAACACAGGAAACCAGCAUGUGAGAGGGUUGCAUGGCACAUUGGGUAGCACCAGAAUAGACGAUAACGGAGCGCUGGAGGUGAAUGAAAAGUGUGUAUUUGAUAUACCAACUUUAGAAGUAACCUGGCCAAUUCCCUGUGAACACCGUGAGAUUGAUAACGUGAA